AUGGACAUAGAGAAACCUCAGCAACAGUUUCCUGAAAAUUACUCUGAGGUCACGGUUAGCUCAAGCGCAGAUAUAGAUGUCCAAAUUCACCCAAGAAAAGACUCUCAGACAUCUGAGAGUGUCAGGGAUGGUGGAGCACGAGCAAGACCAUACCCUUCACCAUCCCGCCGGAGACACCGAACUACCUUCAGCAAUGAACAGCUGGAACACCUGGAGUUGGCCUUCAGACAGAACCACUAUCCUGAUAUCUACUACAGAGAGGAGCUUGCUAGGGUCACUAAACUUAAUGAGGCUCGCAUACAGGUAUGGUUCCAGAACCGUCGUGCUAAGCAGCGGAAGCAGGACCGUAUCACCCAAAAAUCGCUGGCAGUCAGCAUGAUGCCAGUGCGAGGGCCUCUUUUUAGCACCAUGUGUGUGUCUUCCUCUGCCAUGGGGCGGCAGUGUCAGUGCCCUCAUUCCCUGCCUCACGUCCCACAAUUCUCUUCAGUGCUGCCCCCUGGAGGCUACCCACCACACCCGUCUUCUGGCAGCCAUUUCUCCAGCGCUUCUGGUUCUGUUCCAUCACAAGCCAACAGACAGCCUAAUGACUGGUACAAUCAAUUGCGCAACAUUGGGCCAUCCACCACCUCAGUGCUCUCACUGGCCUCUGUGCCAGGACUGGAAAGUACUAGUCACUGGAACUAG